AUGGUCGAACGCAUGAACUUGUCCUUACAGGCUGUCUCCGAGUGGGGUGAGGCCAAUCUGGUCAAGUUCAAUGCGUCCAAGACCCAGGCGUGUCUAUUCUCCGCAAAACGGAGUCCAUUCAACCUGACUCCGUCCUUCCAAGGUGUAUCCGUGCCGAUAACUGACCGCCUCGAGCUUCUUGGAAUCACCUUAACGCCUACUCUUAAUUUUGGUUCAUACAUUGAAUCCAAAGCCCAAGUAGCCUCGAAAAAGCUCGGUAUACUGGCGAAGGUGAGGCAGUAUUUCAGCCCGGGACAGUUGCUCAAUCUCUACCAAGCACAAGUCCGUUCGUGCAUGGAAUACUGCUCUCACCUCUGGGAUGGAUCUGCCAAGUACCAGCUGGAGUCGCUUGAGGCGAUUGAGAGGCGUGCCAAGAGGCUCAUAAACGACGAUGUGCUAAUAGGCAAAAAACUCCAGAGCCUCGCUCAUCGUCGCAUCGUCUAUCGGUUUUUUACCGGAUACACUUUGGAGAGUGCGCUGCGGAAUUGCACGACUUAG